AUGGAGAAUUUCUCUAAAAAAUUUUUCCCUUCUUUAUAUAAAAAAAAUAAAGGUAACGAAAGCCAAAUAAGUAAUAAUAAAAAUGAAGACACAAGUCCAAAGGAAAAUAAUGAUACAUAUAAUAAUAAAAGUCCCUCAAAAAUAAAAGAAGGAAAUGUAUCUAACUAUUCCAAUAAUAAUAUAUCAAAAGAUAUAGAAAAAAAUUAUAAUACAAAUGAAAAAUAUAAUUUACCACGUCAAGGAAUUGGAACACCAGAAUUAGGAACUACAGAUACUUCAGGGUUUCAAAAACCAAAUGAAGAUGUUAGUGACUUAACAGAGAAUUGUAAAAGGGAAAAAAAUAUAACUAAUUUAGAAAAAUCGAAAAAUAAAAAUAAAGAAAAUAAUAAUAUUACAGGUGAUGUUAGCAAAGAUUUAUAUAAAAGUGAUGAUAACUUAAUUAUUGAUUCUAAAAAUCGAAAAAAUAAAAAAGAUAAUAAUAAUGAAGUAAAUAAAUUGGCUGAAAUAAAUUCAAAAAAUGAUGGGAAGGAACUAAACGAAGAAGACACGCAAAAUUUGGCUGUUCGUGAUAAAAAUAAAAAAGAUACAGAAUCACAACGAAACCAAGACAACAGAAAAAACAACAUCAAUGAAGACAAACAUGAUAAAGGAAACGAUAAAAUGGAAAAUGAGAGAAAAAAAAUAAAUAAAGAAAAAAUAAAAAAUAAAGAUAUAAAGGAAGACAAUUCAAACGGUCAUAAUAUGGAUGACAAAAAUGUUAAUAUAAAUGGGGAAUGUGAUGAAAAUAUGAAUAAUUCAGAAAAUAACAAUAUUAAAAAAAUGCAAAAAAAAGUAAAAAUUAAAAAAAUUGAAAUAAAUCAAAAUAAAAAAGAAGUAGGUUUUACUAAACACGAUGAAGUAUAUCAAGUAAAAGAAGUAAACGAAGUAAAACAUGAAAAUGAUACAAAUGUAUGUAGCCCAAUAAGUAAUGAUAUAAAUAGUGGCAUUAUGUUGAAUGGAAGUGAAAAUAAUAUAGGAAAUAAAUCAACUAACAUUUCAAUGAAUGCAAAAAAUCAAAACAUCAUUUUCAACAAUCUUAAUAAUGAUCAUAUAAAUAUUAAAUUAGGUCAAAAUAAAAAUAAUUUAACAUAUUAUUACUCAGGGAAUAAUAAUCAGAAUCCCUAUCUAAUCGAAAUUAAUAAUCCUAAAAAAAAUCUUAAUGAAUUUGAAAAUAAUGCAUAUAAAUUAUGUAGCAAUAGUAUCGAUACAAAUGAGUGUAAUAAUGUCAAAACAAAACUUCAAACUGUAUAUGCAUCUAAUAAUAUAAAUACAAAUUUAGUAAAUGAUAAUAUGUUAAAACAUGAAGGAAUAGAAGAAACAUAUAUUAAUAAUAUAAAUUAUAAUAAUUAUCUAAAUAAUGCAAAUAUAAAUAUUAUAGACAGUCAUGAAAAUGUGCCCAAUAUCUUAACAACAGAUAAUAAUGCUUAUAAUUACAAUCCCAAUUGUUAUACAAAUAUGUUUAAUGAUUUAAAUUAUGGAUCAAGAUUAAAUAAUAAUUAUAUAUCACAAAGUAGUAAUGAUGAGAAUACAAUAAAUGAAACAGAUUCUUAUAAUAAUUUUCCUUUUAUAAAUACAAAAACAAGAGUAUCAGUUAAUAGUACAUUAUCAAAUGGGAACAGAACUAGUAUGAUUAAAAAUAGAUAUAAUUGUAUUGUCGAUAAUAAAAAUAAUUCAAAUUAUAUAAAUGAAUUUAUUGUAUAUAAUAAUAUAAAUAAUACAUAUAAAGAUGCCGUCUCUAACAAUGAUAAUCUUUCGAAUGCUAAUACUUCACAUUAUUCUGCUCAAAAUUUUGAAAAUUUCCCAAUUGGAAUGAAUGCAAAUGAUAAUAAUAUGCAUACAUCUGGUGUUCUACCUAAUUCCUAUACAUAUAUAAACCCAUUUAAUGCUGAUAAUUUGUCUGCAUCUAAAAAUAUAGAUCAUUUUAUUAAUUCGAAUAUAUCAAUGUUUAAUGGAAAUAUAUCAGAUAACAUCCCAAACAGAUACAUAAAUCAAACCAACAUAAGUUUUCCCAACUUUAAUGAAAAAGAAAGAAACUCAAAUCACCAAACAAAUGAAGAAUUUGUAAAUGAUAUAAAUUAUAAUGACUAUGAAAUAUAUUCAGCAUCAUCAAACUAUCCUCACAAUGCUUCACCAAAUAAUAAUUCAUAUACUUAUGGAAUAAAUAAUAUUUCAAACAAUUCAAGACCCUCCUUCUUUCCCAAUUAUAAUAAUAAUUUUAACAAUGAAAGAACUUCAUUUUUGAAUAAAAACACAACUGCAAAUUUUGUUUUUAAUAAUAUAAAAAGAAGUGAUAAUAUUAAUGAUAUACCAGAUGAAAAAAAUAAACUUUUAGAUGUAUUAAAUUCAGCAAGAUCUAGUAUUAUUAUAGAAAGUGGUAUUACCGAUAAUAACCAGUUGAACCCAUCAUUUGGCAUGUCUAGCCAUAACAUAGAAGUGAGUGGAAAUUGUGCAGAAAAAACAAAAUCAGAAUCUAUAUUUGAUAAAAAAGAGGACACAAAAAAAAAUGUGCACACAGUUAAAAUUAAAAAUGUUAAUACAAUAAACUUUGGAGGGCAAAAUGGAGAAAGUGAUAAAGAUGGAAAAAAUAGUGAAGAAAAAAAUGAUUGCAACAAACAGAGUAAAGUCAACCUUUUCGAUAUUGCUAAAAAGAAAAAAUAUGUUGCAGAAAUAAUUAGAUGUGAAUUAAUAUGGGGACCAGCAAAAAAUAAAGAACCCAUAACUCCAGUAGAAAAUUGUGAAUUACAUCCAGUAGUAAUUAUAAAAGAUGAAUUAGGAAAUUUAUAUGAUGAUGAUGAAGAUAAUGAAAAUAAUCCAAUCGGAAAAACAGUUAAUAUAUUUUAUAGAUGGAGUAGAGGUCCUCCAAGAACAGUUUGUUUUUUUCAUCCUCAUAAAAUAGGACAUAUACAAUGUACUUUAACAUUCCGUUGUUUCUGCUCAUAUGAAUGUUUUAUGAGAGGAUUUGAACAUGUACAUAAAUAUUACAAAAGUAAUGGUUCUAUAAAUAUACCAUCUCAUUUUAAUUUACAUACUUAUGGUGUAUCAUGCUCAUCUUUUGAUUGGGAAAAUUAUGAUGGAAAUAUAGAAUUUGAUCAAACUCAUUAUAAUGGUCUAAUUAAUUCAGGGUUAGUAAAUAUAUCAGGAAAAGAAAAUUGGAAAGUUAUUCAUAAUGAGCGAAAUUACAUCCCUAGUUUAAAAGAUGUAGGUCAUCAAAUAAUGUUAGAGACAAUGAUUCUUGACAAAAGGGCUAUUACAUCUAGUUCAAAAAGUAAUUCUUCGGAGUGCUGUGACGAUGAAAAAUUUCAAAAUUCAGAUAAAGAAGAAUCAUAUACUAAAUCCAACAUUAACAAUGUUAAAAUGGAUGAAAAUUUGGAUAACAAAUAUGUUAAAAGCAGUACCAAUCAAGACAAUGCAAUUGAAAACACACAAAAAAAUGGUGAAAAAAAAUUAGACGCUUUUAAUGCAGGUUCUAUAGAUAAUUCUGACAUAGCCAAGGUAGAUAAAGGGGAUCAAAACAGCCCAACACAAAAUAACAAAAUUUUGGAAACUAAUAAUGUUGAUCUUAGUAUUUCAAAUGCUGAUGAUUCACAAGUUAGUAGUACAAUAGAUACAACUGAAGCUAGCGAAAAAGAACCCAUCCCAGAAAAAACAUUAGAUUCAGAUGAAAACAAAACGCUAGUUAUAACUACACAAGAUGAGCUAGCUGUUAAAAAUACAAAAAAACAAAUAACCUCCGAAGAUACUGCCAAAAAUAAGAAAAACCAAAUUGUAAGUAAAAAAAAAGAUGAAGAAGGAAAUAAAAAAAUAUAUGUAUUAGAUGAUAAAGUUUGGGAUAGUAUAAAAGAUCCAAAUAUAUAUCAUAAAAUAAUAACUGGAUGUUGUAUACCUAAUAUUCAAAUAUUACCAAAUAAUAAUAAUAUAACAUCUUUUAAAAGUUUAAAUUAUCCAAAUACUACUAAUCAGUUUACUAUUAUGACUUGGAAUAUAUUAGCUGAAAUUUAUGGAACUGUUGAAGCAUUCUCUCAUUGUGAUCCAUAUAUGCUUUCAUGGUCUUAUAGAAAGACAAAAAUUAUUCAAGAGAUUCUUAACCAUCGCCCGGACAUCGUAUGCUUGCAGGAGAUCCAAAAUGAGCACUUCCUCGAAUUUUUCAAGCCGUGCCUGAACCAGUACGAAUACCAAGGGGUGUAUAAACAAAAGACAAAAGAAAUUUUUACUUCACCUUCUGGGAAACAUAAAGGAGGUAAAUAUACAAUAGAUGGGUGUGCAAUAUUUUUUAAUAGAAAAAAAUUCAAAUUUGUUGAAAUAUAUGCAUUAGAAUUUAGUAAACUAAUAAAAGAAGGAUCAGUAAUUUCGCUUCCAAAAGAAGUUCAAAAAAAUCCAGCAUUAUCAAAAGGAUUAUUAAAAGAUAAUAUAGCAUUGGUAUUAUUACUUGAGUAUGUACAAAAUAAUAAAACAUAUGAAUCUGAUAAAUAUGAAAAUGUAAAAGAUAAGAAAAAAAUGGUGAUUGUAGCAAAUACACAUAUUAUUGCUAAUCCUGAAGCAACUUAUGUCAAAAUAUGGCAAACACAAAUAUUAGUAAAAGUUAUAGAAUAUUUAAAAAUGAAUUUUAUACAAAAAUAUGAAAUAAUUCCAAGUAUGAUUGUAUGUGGUGAUUUUAAUAGUACACCAAAUAGUGCAGUAUAUCAAUUAUUAUAUAAAAAAAAAUGUUGUCGAACCCAUAAUGACCUAAAUUCAGAUGAACAUGGUUUAUUAGAAUAUCUUCCAAUGUCUCAUAAUUUAAAUCUUAAGUCUGCAUAUGCUAUUUCAAAUUUUUUAUCACAAACAAUAAACACAGAUGAAUCAAUAAAUAAUAUCAUUAUUAAUAACACAAUUGAUUUAGAUCGAUUCGAACCCCCAUUUACUAAUUACACUUCAAAUUUUAUAGGAUGUCUAGAUUAUAUUUUUUAUAACGAUGAAGAUUUAAAUAUUAUAUCAACUGUAAAUAUACCAGAUGAAAAUCAACUAAUACAAGAAUCACAAAUUUAUCAUUUACCUACUUCUGCCUUACCAAAUCCAAUCAGAUCAUCCGAUCACUUCCCAUUAGUUGCAAAAUUUGAAUUUAAAUUUUUAUAA